AUAUUGACUGAGUUCAUUUAGCUCGCCGAAUUAAGCUUCAACUUUUAAAUAAUAAAGAAUAUAUUGAUGCUUCAAAAAAAAAAAAAAUUUGAUAAUCACUCGAUUCGUUUAGCUUAUUUUGGUGGAGGGUUAGAAUUAGAGAGAGAAACAUACAAAACAAAGGAAAAUAGUUUCAGCCCUCUCCGACUGGUAGCAUUCCGCUGUCGCAAAAUCGCAAUCGCCGCCGACAUCAAUUCGAUUCCAACGAGAGGUAGGGAGAAAAUGAGCGGAGCGGGGAAGAAGGUGGUGGACGUGGCAUUUAAGGCCGGGCGCACUAUCGAUUGGGAUGGUAUGGCGAAGCUUCUGGUCUCCGACGAGGCGCGCCGCGAGUUCGCCACCCUCCGCCGCGCCUUCGACGAAGUUAACACUCAGCUCCAGACCAAAUUCAGCCAGGAACCAGAACCUGUGGACUGGGAAUAUUACAGGAAAGGGAUCGGAUCUCGUUUGGUUGAUAUGUACAAGCAAGCUUAUGAUGAAAUUCAAAUCCCAAAAUAUGUUGACAAUGUUACUCCUCAGUACAAGCCUAAGUUUGAUUCCCUGUUGGUAGAGCUGAAAGAGGCUGAGGAGAAGUCAUUCAAGGAGUCUGAAAGAUUAGAAAAAGAAAUUGCUGAUGUUCAAGACUUGAAGAAGAGGCUUAGUACCAUGACAGCCGACGAAUACUUUGAGAAGCAUCCUGAACUCAAGAAGAAGUUUGAUGACGAAAUUCGAAAUGACUAUUGGGGCUAUUAGUUUUGACUGUGCGACAUUUCUGAGGUGAAAAUCUUUGAGUUCCAACUCCAGCUUAGAAAUAAAGAGAAAGAACAAAUUCGUUUUUUUCCCUUGAUUUCUUUUUGUGUAUUUUGAAGAUUGUGAACAAGAAUAUGGUCCGUGGGCUAGAUGCCUUUUGUAGCAUCCAUCGAAAUAAUAAUUUGUUAUAUAUUCAGAGUAACUCCUAUCUUAGAAGAGAUCUUGAUUUCUAAA